AUGUCUUCUGUGUGGAAGUUCUUCAAAAAAGAAGACAACAACAAUGAUUCAGCUUCUUGCAAUUUGUGCGGCAAGUCGUAUAAAACGUGCGGUAAUACAACCAAUUUGGCCACUCAUUUAAAAAAUAGGCAUCAUUUUACUUAUUUACAAAUGAUGAAAAUGCCUAGUUCAUUGAAAACAACUAAAUACUCUUUGAAUUACUUUGACUUGAAUAACUCCAAUGUAAUGUAUCUACUGUUAAUCUUAGUUUGCCAUCCACUAGUACUGGUUAUAAAAAUUCCCAGCAAAAUCAAGAAGAUGUCACAGUCAAUCCUGCUGAGAUGGUUUAUCAUGAAGCUAAAAAAAAGAAAACAAAGCACCUUAGUAGCUUGUUUAGAGAGAGGCUCAAGCUUCGAAGAAGGUGGACAAAAACAUAGUGAAAUAACACAGGCACUGAUUUACAUGAUAUGUAAGGACAAUUUGCCAUUAUCAUGUGUUGAAAAAAAAGGCUUGCAAAAACUUAUACGCACAGCAUGCCCUCUUUAUAUACUGCCUUCCAGAAAAAAGGUAACUCAUAUGAUAGAAAAUCGAUAUAAUACCACAAAAGCAGUUCUUAUGAAAUCCUUGACUGAGCAAAAUUUUUUAUGUUUUACAAGUGAUAUACUUACUCUCACUAAUUCUACAAGGAGCUUCUUAGUAUUAACAGUUCAUUUUAUUGACAACGUUAAGGGAUCGCCUAUCCUUCAAAAUGUAAGCCUAUGUGCGCAGAAACUGACUCAGGCUCAUUCAGGACAGUACAUAAAAGAAUGCUGGGAAGAAAUUUGUGAAGAAUUUCAUAUAGACAAAAAUAAAAUUGUUGCCAUUACAACUGAUGGGGGUGCAUAUAUACUGGCGGCAGUGCGAUUGUUUUUAGGGAACGAUCGCAGAAUUUCGUGUAUGGCACAUUGCCUAAAUCUUAUUGUUGAUGGGGUGUUGAAAGAAAAUCACGCAUUUUCAGCUCUUUGCGAUCACGUAAAGAGCAUCGUGACGUAUUUUAAACAAUCCGUAAAUGCGAUGGAUCAAUUACGCUCUGAACAAGAAGUAUCUAGAAUGCAAGAAGGGGAGGUGUUGACAUUAACACAAGCCGUCACCACAAGAUGGAACUCAUGCUUUGACAUGUUAAAAAGAUUUACCACUCUUUCUGCACUAGUAGCUAAAAUUUUAGCUACUAAAAGCCCAUUCAAAGAAGCCACGGAAGAAAUAAGUGGGGCUAAUUACGUGACUUCCAGUUUAGCCAUUCCGGUUACAAAUUUGAUUCGCCAAGCAGUGGAAACUUUAAGUCCAUCUACAAGUUUGGGGCUAAUUGUUAAAGAAGCUCUUCUUAAAAAAGUUCAAGAAAGACUGGUACCUUUACAAGAAAAUUCAUAUUUGUCCGCAGCAACAAUAUUAGAUCCGCGUUUUAAAAAAAUUCAUUUCAAUUCACCAAUUGCGGUUUCACAUGCCAUAGCCAAAAUUAGUAAUGAUAUUCGGAGCGAACACCGACGCAGGGGUCAACUUUCCCCUGAUCUUAGAACGAUCCAAAUAGGAAAAGCACAAGAAAAAACUGAGAGUUCAAUUUGGUCUGGGCAUGAAAAAUUAUUAUCCCAGUCAACAACCGUGCCCGAGGUCCCGAGCUCUGGCUCUGUGCCCAAUGAACUCAAGCAAUACCUUGAUCAACCUCUCCUUGAGAGAAAGGCUGAUCCAAUAAAAUUUUGGACAAAUUGCCAACAUUUUACGCCAGUUCUUUCAGAAGUCGCCCUUAAAUACUUAAUUUGCCAGGCUUCUUCGGUCUCUUCUGAAAGAGUUGCAUCAGCUGUGAAUAUAACUGUACCCGACAACAGAAGCCGCUUGACAGGAGAGCACGUCAAACAGAGAGUGCUACUAAUGUCAAUUUCGGAUGAAUAUUGGUUUGAUUAG